UAUAAACACAGAAAAGCAUGGCAGCGGUAAUGGAGUACCUGUUGACUUCAUGAUAACAACGUCGUCCUUGUUUUGUGGAAUCUAUGUACUGUUUUUCCUACAAAGGACGAAUAUUUUGUGUUUAGAAAUUCCGGAAUUUUACCGUAGUCAUGUCUAGCUCACCCAGCCGCUCCACCUCUCCAGAGGGUCCGUUUCAAGACAGGAGUCAAAGUCAGACUAUCGGCGAUGCUACCUCUCCACCACGUGGAGAAGACUUGGAACCAUUUGAAGAUGAAGAAGAUUUUCUUGGUGAAGGACUCAGUAUUGCAGGAGAGGAAGAUGAUGAAGAAGGAGAAGAUUUGAUGGGAGAUGGAAUGGAAAGAGAUUACCGUCCUAUGCCAGAGUUGGAUCGAUAUGAUGCUGAUGCUCUGGAUGAUGAUGAGUACAGUGAAUUGUCAGUCGGUGAUAGGCUGGCUGCUGAGCGAGAUAUGCGAAGACGCGACCGUGAAGCAGGUCUCGGGCGCAGAGGUGACGAUGAUCUGAUUUACGAUGAAAGUGAUGAAGAUGAGGCACCAGCACGUAAAAGAAGAAUGGCUGAAAAGGCAGCCACUGGCAUUCUUGAGGAUGAAGAGAUGAUUGAAGCCAUUGAUAAUCUUGAAGAUACCAAAGGACACUCAAUCAAAGAAUGGGUCUCACUCAUUGGUCCAAGGAAAGAAAUAGAAAAUCGUUUCCGCAAUUUCUUGAGGAAUGAAGUCAAUGUAAAAGGACAGUACAUUUACAAGGACAAAAUUCGUCGAAUGUGUGAAGAAAAUCACUCAAGUUUUGAGGUGGAAUAUCGGCAUUUGGCAGCGAAGGAGCAUGCGCUGGCUUUUUUCCUACCCGAGGCUCCCCUUGAAAUGCUUCAAAUUUUUGAUGAAGUGGCUAAAGAACUUGUGUUAUCAAUCUACCCCACCUAUGAAAGAGUAACAAAUGAGAUUCAUAUCAGGAUUUCUGAGUUGCCUCUUAUUGAAGAAUUAAGAACGUUCAGAAAAAUUCACUUGAACCAGCUGGUCCGAACAACAGGUGUGGUCACUGCAACGUCCGGCGUUUUGCCGCAGUUAUCAAUAAUCAAAUAUGACUGUAACAAGUGUGGUUACAUUCUUGGACCUUUCACUCAGUCGCAAGACUCUGAGGUCAAGCCUGGUUCCUGUCCAGAAUGUCAGAGUGCUGGUCCUUUCAUGGUAAACAUGGAGCAAACAGUCUAUCGCAAUUAUCAAAAAAUCACACUGCAAGAAUCACCUGGACGGGUGCCAGCAGGAAGAAUUCCCCGUUCGAAAGACUGCAUUCUUUUGGCUGAUUUGUGCGACCGCUGCAAACCAGGAGAUGAAGUCGAUAUCACUGGAAUAUACACUGACAACUAUGAUGGAGCCUUAAACACUGAUAAUGGAUUUCCCGUCUUUGCAACUGUUAUUCUUGUCAAUCAUUUGAUAGUCAAAGACAACCAACACAUCGUGCAGUCCUUAACAGACGAAGAUAUCAAAAUCAUUCAAAAAUUGGCACAAGAUCACAACAUAGGCGAGAGAAUAAUCAAAAGUAUUGGACCAUCUAUUUAUGGCCACAAAUACAUCAAAACUGGACUUGCACUGGCCCUUUUCGGUGGAGAAUCGAAGAAUCCAGGUGAGAAGCACAAAGUCCGUGGUGACAUCAAUGUCCUCCUGUGUGGAGAUCCUGGAACAGCCAAAUCUCAGUUCUUGAAGUUCGUCGAGAAAGUUGCUCCCCGUGCCAUAUUCACGACAGGGCAGGGUGCGUCAGCUGUCGGUUUGACAGCAUAUGUGAAACGAAAUCCUGUUAAUCGUGAAUGGACUUUGGAAGCCGGUGCACUCGUUUUAGCAGAUCGAGGUGUCUGUCUCAUUGAUGAGUUCGACAAGAUGAAUGAUCAAGAUCGGACAUCAAUUCACGAAGCAAUGGAGCAGCAGUCCAUUUCGAUAUCAAAAGCUGGGAUUGUCACAUCACUCCAAGCAAGAUGCUCCGUUAUAGCAGCUGCCAAUCCUAUCGGGGGAAGAUAUGACCCAUCCAUGACUUUCUCUGAAAACGUUAACCUUUCAGAGCCUAUUAUGUCUCGUUUCGACAUUCUUUGUGUUGUUCGAGACGAAGUCGAUCCCGUGAAAGAUAAUCAACUAGCUCAGUUUGUGAUCGACUCUCACAUUCGCCAUCAUCCUAAUAGUGACAUCAGAGAAUCAGAGCAAGAAACUCCAAAUGACAUCGAAAUUAUACCACAAGAAACACUGAAAAAAUACAUCGUCUAUGCAAAGCAAAAUAUUCACCCAAAGCUUCACAAUAUGGACCAAGAUAAGAUUUCCAAAAUGUACAGUCAGCUUCGUCAAGAAUCUAUGACAACUGGAAGUUUGCCAAUUACUGUUAGACACAUAGAAAGUAUUAUCAGGAUGUCAGAAGCACAUGCAAAAAUGCACCUUCGAGAGUAUGUCAAUGAAGAUGAUGUUAACAUGGCCAUUCGAAUGAUGCUUGAAUCCUUCAUUGAGACACAGAAAUAUAGUGUCAUGCAAUCUAUGAAGCGAACUUUCAGCAAAUACCUGUCAUUCAAAAAGGACACUACGGAGUUGCUUUACUAUAUUCUAGAAGAAAUGUUAAAAGAUCAGUACUUCUAUCAGCGGCAUGUUAAAGGACCCAAUGUCACUACCAUCGAAAUACACGAAAAAGAUUUCUUGGACAAGGCCAAACAAGUCAACGUUUUCGACCUACGCUCAUUCUAUGAAAGCGAUAUGUUCAAGCAGAAGCAUUUCACAUAUGAUUCAAAGAACCGCCUAAUUAUUCAGACAUUGUCCACCGCUGUCUCCGGUUGACCUGCACCUGUUCCUUCAAUGUCUCAAUACCGAAUUUUAUUCCUAUCAUCUUUCACUGUACAGUUUUUUAAGCUUUUUUAAAGUAAUUUUAUCUGAUCCUGAUUUGAAAGUAUCUAGUUUUUUAAAAAUGUAUCAGCACUUUUUUGUGUGCCUUUGGAAAUUAGAUUUUCAGUCUAGUGUAUCAAAGUCAAGCAAUGUUUCAUUUAUGCAUUUUUUACACAAAUUGCCCAUAGUGAGUACCUAUUGCAAAGCAUGUAAGUUAAAUAAAAAACGUACUAGAUAAUGAAACGAACUAUUCAAAAGUUUCAAUUUCAUUACCUUUUCAUCACUGCAUGCAAUUUUAAUUCCUUCGAUGAAGUUAAUGAAGAAUUGGAGAUCUUUUCAGGCAUGUAAAGAAACAUAUCAAAAGUGAAACUACCAGACCAUAUAUCUUGGUUUGCGAUGUUGUAAACUUCCUGCCAUACUUUAUUUCUUAAACGGGAAACUACUCAAUGUAAAUUCUUGAAAACUCCUGGUUUUUCUUCUCUGUGCAAAAGAAACCUAUUGAAACCUUCAAGGAAUAAUAUUGAUUUGUUCUCCUCAGUAGCGUAAAUAUUACCUUGCGGUGAGCUAACCAUCACCUUGCGGCAAAAUAUCGGCCUUGCCAUCCUCUCCGAGCCCUCGCCGAGCCAGUCCAAGGAACUCGACGACCGGGAAUAAAACCGUAUGACAACACUGUAGACCCAAAUCCAGACGCAGGGCGCGAAAAAGGCGACACAGCAUCAGGAAGUACCCCGUGUUGGGUUUGAUUUUUGUCUCCAACGUUGCCAUGCAUAAUUAUUCCCAGUCGUUAAGUUCCACGAACUGACCCGGCGAGGGCUCGGAUAGGGCUCGAAGAGGGUGGCAAGGCCGAUACCUUGCUGCAAGGUGAUGGCUAGCUCACCGCAAGGUAAUAUUUUCCCUAGGGCUUCAAGAAAAUAAAUUGAGAGCGGAGAAUUUUAAACACCGCAAGCAAGGUACAAGGUCUGGUAGUCUCACUGUCAAUAUGAUGAUAAUCAGAGUGUAAAUUUUUAAACAGCACAGUAUUAACCACCUGUGUUCCCCCUCUGUCUUUACCAGGUCUUUCCAAAAUUCAGCUUUUACACCCAAAGCAAACCAUGUAAUAAAAGCAGGUUUUAUGUAACCUGUACUUAAAGCUGCUGUUGUAUCACUCUUUUGCCAUAGACUUUAGGGGUGAAAUAUUUAAUCAUAAAGCUUUUGUUCUGAAAUAAGUCACACUAAUUUCAUUGAAAAUAGCUGAGAAUCAUAUUUUAUGCUAACCACACCCUUUAGUAGGGUCUUUGCAGUUCCGGUGAGACUUCUAGUUUUAAAUUUUAAAUUUUUAAAUUUUAGAUUCAGUUUCUGCUUCCCACCGGCCUCCACCAAAAAUUUCUUUUAAUUUGGUCAAAUUUUUGUCUUAAUUUCCUAUCCCUCUUUAUAGCCAGAAAGAAAUAUUUUGGAUGGAUGGCUGUUAACUUUCAGUAGUAGUUAUCAAAGCCGCACACUUUGUGAGUGUUAAAACAGUACCUGGGUAGGUUUUUAGUCGCUCCAUUUCUCCUGUCCACCUGUCCGUAAAGAAAGUAAUGGCAAGAUGCCACUUUCCCUGUUACAAUGACCAUCAAAGCUUAUAUUUUGAUGCUUUUGUAGUAGUUUCUUCAAACUAUUUUUAAUCCUCUUAGGCUGUAAUUUUAAUGUAUUCGUUUUGUCCCAGCCUGUUAUCAGUUUAAUUUUUAAUACAGUUGUCUCAUUUAUCCAUUCAGAGUUAUUAUGAAACUCAAGUAAGUUGUAAAAUGAUAGUUUCUGUUUUAAAGGUUGUUUUAAAGAUUGUUUGAAGAGACUAAUGCUGAAUAAAUGUCUUAAAAAGUA